AUGGCCUAUGGACACAUCAUGUGGCGAACUAGCUUUCCUGCUUUUAAUAACCCGGCAUCAUUUACUGUCGACGUACAGAAGAAGUGGUCUGACAAGUUUCACAUCAUUGCUUAUUACUACGACGAAAUAUGUAAUACCGUUGUUUCUGAUGCUCUAACCGUGCUGAUUUUUGUUACUCCGAUUUUGCGUGGGGGAGCAACCUUAACACCUGGAAGUCCUAUGAAAUUAGAAGUUUUUACUGGAAUAGACUCUGAUGUUGCACUGUUGGCUGUUGACAAAGGUUUGUAUGCUUUGAAUAACAAGAACAAACUCACAAGAGAGCAGUUGUUUGAGAAGCGUACAGUUUAUGACUUGUCAUGCAAACGAAACAUUCAAAAAUCUUCGACGAUAUUUGACGCAUUUGGCUUGACAGCCGUCACAAAUAUGGACUUUGUAACUAGCCCUAGAACAAGAAGAGAAUGUCCUGUCAUUACUACUCAAAAGAAACGAAGCGUUCAUGAAACCGAACUAAGUUGCUGUGAACGUUUUGGAAAUCAAACUGGUGGUCAUAUUGCCGAACAAACCGACGUUGACAAUAAAACUUUGGACGACUUGGCGAACGCGUGUAAUAGAAAUCUGAAAGAAGUCAGCAUCUCAGAAGAAAACAGUCGCCGUCACAAUUUUAAUUGUGAACUAACAGAGCAAUGCAUUAAAGAAUAUUUGAGUUACUGCGUUCCUGCAAAGUUGAGGUAUAGAACAAUACUAAUCCAAGGAGCAAGUACCUCUCAGGGAUUUAUCUUUCUACAAGAAAGAAGCUCUUUUCCUCACGUGUGGUUGGUCAAAGAUGUCAUGAAUUCAGGGCAAGAUAUUAAUCGAUAUUACAUCUACAUAUACAUUUGCAUUGUAUUACACACACCAAUACACACAUGUCAUGAAUUCAUGGCAAGAUAA